AUGGCUGUAAGUGUUGAACGAGGCCUUUUCAAAUUAAAAUACAAAUUUAAUCAUGCUGAUCAAUACAAAUCAGAACCUUUAGAUUUUCUUCAAGUAAAAAUCAUGAAAAAUGAACAAUUCCCUGAAAUUCAAAGAAAAACUUUGCCAAGGGGUAUAGCUGAAGAACGCAAAGCAGCCAUUAUUGAAAAGUUAGUCCCGUUAAUGCCGGCAAACAGGAAACAGUUCUGGAUUAACGUACCAACAAAUGAGACUGUUAAAAAUCUUUUGGAAGAGGACUAG